AUGGCAGCCCUCAGGUGCCCACAACGUGUCGAGGAAGGUGCCCUUAUACGGACUCCUUGGUCUGCCCACGUCAUGAUAAAGGACAUUCUCGUAACUACCCAGGUGGGGCCAUGGAUCUUUUAUGGUGUUCUUGCUCAGACUUUAGAUGCGAUUUCGUCGGACUGGAUGAGCUCCGACUGCCUUCUAUGGGUUUUUGACGAUGAGUCAGGGCCACGGAUGUGGCAAGACACCGCCCAGCCGUCGCCCUUCAAUUAUGAGGACCCCGAAAAGAACUUUGACCAGAUCGUAGGCCAUUAUGAAUCCCAUGAUGGAGAGUGCUAUCUCGCAGUCAAAUGGAAAAACUGCCUGGCACCGACGUGGGAGAGAGAGACAGGCAUGAUGUGUUGUAGUCGUACCAUCACGCAGUACUUCGCCGAGAAUUAUACUUGA